AUGGAAGAUGAUGAUUCACCACAACUCAAACAUGUUGUUAUAAUUUCCCUUCCACCUUCAAAUAACCCUUCUUUAGGCAAAAAAAUCACCGCUUUUACCUUCUUUAACCCUUCUUCUCAUUCUCAACAACGACCUCAAAACAACGACCCUUCUAUUCAAUUCCAACCCUACCCUUCAAAUCCGCAGCGUCAUUUUUCAUUCAGAAGACUCUUUCACAUCACCCCAAUAAAGCUUUUCACCUUUUUUGGGGUUUUUCUCUUUGCCCUUUUUCUCUACGGCUCUCUUUUCUCAACUACAACAACGCUUGAAUUGGGUUUCAAGAAUGGUGAUGGUGAUGAUGAAUCUAGUUCCUUUCUGUUUCCACUUUUUCCGAAAUAUGGUGUUCUUGGUCAGAGGGAUUUGAAGCUUAAACUUGGGAAGCUUGUUGAUGUUAAAAAAAGGAACUUUGUGGCACAAAAAAGUGCUUCUGUUGCUUCAUCAUCUACUGUUUUUCCAAUCAGUGGCAAUGUUUUUCCAGAUGGGUUGUAUUACACACAUUUACGUGUCGGAAACCCUCCAAAACGUUAUUUUGUUGAUGUCGAUACAGGGAGUGACUUAACAUGGAUACAAUGUGAUGCUCCAUGCAGAAGUUGUGCAAAGGGAGCAAAUGCCCCAUACAAGCCAGCAAGAUCCAAUAUACUGCCAUCUGCAGACUCUCUCUGCUUGGAAGUUCAAAAGAAUGGCUAUCAUGAUAGUUUUUCACAGUGUGACUAUGAAAUUCAAUAUGCAGACCAUAGUUCUUCCUUGGGGGUUCUUAUUAAAGACGACCUUCAUCUUAUGACUACUAAUGGAUCAAAAACCAAGUUAAAUUUUGUUUUUGGGUGUGGAUAUGAUCAAGAGGGCUCUCUUUUGAACACAUUGGCAAAAACAGAUGGAAUCAUGGGACUGAGUCGGGCGAAAGUUGGCCUACCUUAUCAGUUGGCAAGUAAAGGGAUUAUUAAGAAUGUGGUUGCUCAUUGCUUAGGAAAUGACGGAGUUGGUGGUGGAUACAUGUUCUUAGGUGAUGCUUUUGUGCCUUAUUGGGGUAUGACUUGGGUGCCUAUGGCUCAUACGACAGAUUUAUACCAAACUGAGAUUCUUGGAAUGAAUUACGGAAAUCGCCUACUCAGUUUUGAAGGACAAAGCAAAGUAGGAAACGUGGUUUUUGAUAGUGGCAGUUCUUAUACGUAUUUUCCACGAGAGGCGUACCAAGAUCUUGUUGCUUCUCUUAAAGAAGUUUCUGGGCUGGGACUCAUUCAAGAUGAUUCGGAUACAACUUUGCCAAUUUGUUGGCAAGCUAAUUUCCCGAUCAGAUCUGUCCAAGAUGUUGAGGAUUACUUCAAGACAUUAACUCUUCGUUUUGGAAACAAGUGGUGGAUUUUGUCGACAAUGUUUCGGAUACCACCGGAGGGUUACUUGAUCAUUAGUAACAAAGGCAAUGUGUGCUUAGCUAUUCUUGAUGGUAGCAAUGUAAAUGAUGGAUCCUCGAUUAUACUUGGAGAUAUUUCAUUGCGAGGAUAUCUGGUUGUGUAUGACAAUGUGAACAAGAACAUUGGUUGGGAGCAAACAAAAUGUAGCAUGCCAAGCAGAGUAUUGAGAAAGACUCACAAUUUCUUAAGUGAUAGUAUGUUAUGA